CCCUGUGGAAAAUAAAAACGUUUCUUGUUACGGUUCCACAGUACUUCUGUCUGUCACGCAAGCAUGCGGACUCCCAGCCGUGCUCCUCGCUCCAAAAGUCUUUUCAUCUUGUCAAGCAAAGAGAGAAAAUUUGCAGUGUUUUUAGCAACCAUGGCUCCCGACAAGAAGCAGAAAGGCCGCAACAAGAAGAUUACGUUGGUACAGAGUAGCAAGAAGGAUGAGAAGGCAACGAAUGGUGCUGCCAAUGGGUCGGCUGUGGAAAUGACCGAAGAAGAGGCACUCUGCGCCAAACUGGACGAGGAGGCAAGAAUCAACGCAGAAGCGAGAUCAUGCACCGGGUCACUGGCUGUGCACCCGCGCUCCCGUGAUAUAAAGAUUGCCAACUUUUCAAUCACUUUCUUCGGUUGCGAGAUGUUGCAAGACACGAUGCUUGAGUUGAACUGUGGCCGUCGCUACGGUCUGCUCGGAUCCAACGGAUGCGGCAAAUCUUCUCUUUUGGCAGUGCUGGGCAAUCGUGAAGUCCCCAUUCCUGACCACAUCGACAUUUUCCACUUGACGCGUGAAAUUCCGGCUAGCUCCAAGAGUGCCCUCGAGUGCGUAAUGGAAGUCGAUGAGGAACGUAUCAAGCUGGAGAAAAUGGCCGAACAAUUGGUCGACCAGGAAGAUGACGAGUCUCAGGAACAAUUGAUGGACAUCUACGAUCGUCUCGAUGAAAUGUCAUCUGAUAUGGCAGAAGCUAAAGCUUCACGCAUUCUCCACGGUCUUGGUUUCGAUAAGAUGAUGCAACAGAAGGCAGCUAAAGACUUUUCUGGAGGAUGGCGUAUGCGAAUUGCUCUUGCUAGGGCGCUUUUCGUAAAGCCGCACCUUCUCCUGCUGGACGAACCGACCAACCAUCUCGAUCUGGAUGCGUGCGUAUGGUUGGAAGAAGAACUCAAAACCUACAAACGAAUUCUCGUGAUCAUUUCCCAUUCGCAAGAUUUCCUCAACGGAGUCUGUACCAACAUCGUCCACAUGACCCAGAAACGACUCAAAUACUACACGGGUAACUACGAACAGUUCGUAAAGACCCGGCUGGAAUUAUUGGAAAAUCAGAUGAAACAAUACAACUGGGAACAGGAUCAGAUCGCACAUAUGAAAAAUUACAUUGCCCGGUUUGGUCACGGUUCGGCCAAGUUAGCUCGUCAGGCACAGUCCAAGGAAAAGACCCUGGCAAAAAUGAUGGCCCAAGGUUUAACCGAGAAAGCAAUCGACGAAAAGCAGCUAAACUUCUGCUUCCCGUCAUGUGGCACGAUCCCGCCACCGGUCAUUAUGGUGCAGAAUGUCAGCUUCCGGUAUAACGAAAAAACGCCUUUAAUCUACAAGAAUCUUGAAUUCGGUAUCGACUUGGACACGAGGUUAGCCCUUGUCGGCCCUAACGGAGCAGGCAAGAGUACCCUGCUGAAACUGCUCUACGGAGAUUUAGUGCCUACAUCGGGAAUGAUUCGCAAGAACUCCCAUCUACGCAUUGCCAGGUACCAUCAGCACUUGCAUGAAUUGCUUGACAUGGACAUGAGUCCCCUGGAUUACAUGUUGAAGUCCUUCCCCGAGGUUGUGGAACGGGAGGAAAUGCGUAAAAUUAUCGGUCGCUAUGGGCUGACUGGGCGGCAACAGGUCUGUCCGAUCCGGCAAUUAUCCGACGGCCAACGUUGCCGUGUGGUGUUUGCCUACCUGGCCUGGAAGAAACCACACCUGCUGCUGCUUGAUGAACCUACCAAUCACUUGGACAUGGAAACGAUCGAUGCGCUUGCCGAAGCCAUCAACGACUUCGAGGGUGGUUUGGUGUUAGUUAGUCACGAUUUCCGACUUAUCAAUCAGGUUGCUAACGAAAUUUGGAUUUGCGAACAUGGAACGGUCACCAAGUGGAAAGGCAACAUUCUGGACUACAAGGAACAUUUGAAGAAAAAUAUAGAUAAGGAGGCAGCCAAGUAAAAAGAAGGCGCAUCUAUGGAGCGUUAAGUGAUCAAACCGAUAUAGUAACCGAAUAAUAAAUACUACAAUUAAAUAGCAUAACAAUAUCCUAACUUAUGCGCUAUAGGCAAACAAAUCUGCAUCUGCAAAGCACUAUAAGUAUUUAGCCAAAUCAUAAAAAAUAGUGAUAAUCGAACAUUUAAAUUGAUCCACCCCAAUUCCAACUCCAACAAAGCCUACACUUACUAAAACACCUCCUCUACUUAGCUCAAAUGAAUAAUGUGGAAAACGUUCUCUAGGAUCUGGUAAACCAAUUUUUUUGAAAAUCAGUAUGACUAAAUUUCUAUUCUAACAAAUGGACACGGUUUGAAAAUAAAAGUCUGUCAUUUAUUUAAAUAGAAGCGUGACUGAUGUUAAUGCCUAACGUAAAUAUCAGAAUGUGAAUUUCAGUUGGUAAGAAGCAGCAACGGAUCAUCUACGAAUAACGUACCAUUUUACAGAGGGAAAUAGUGUCGCAGUUGUGAACAAACAUGCAUUGGUCGGCGCGGAAUGAUUAUACACAAGCGAUCGAAAUUCAUCUAAAAAUACUACGUUAUUUGUCGAUGGCCCUUAGGUAGGUCAUUGUUGCACCGAAAAUUAUGACAAAUUCCUCGCAAUGACAAAAAAUUGUACAUUUGGUAAUGUUUUUGUUAUUGCACUUUCGUUUAUCUUAUCCAGGAAUAAAAAAAACAAUAAAAAGAAGCAUGUAGACAGCCUCACACCAUCUAGGCAAAA